CGUGUCCGUCGAUGGAUUCAGACCGAAAUUAUCAAAAAAGUGACAAACUUUCAAGUUGAUGUUUGAAUUCGUGAGAAUAACGAAAAUAAGUGCUAAUUCGCCUGCAAAAAAUAUUGGAGCUAUACAGUUUGUAGUUCAACUGGCCUACUUCAUCAAGUUCGAAAGCUACACUUCACAUAGAAGAAAAAAGCAGAGACAACUGCAUACUAAACUGGAUGGUGGAAUAAGUUCGAAAAUUGUUUCCAUCGUUUGUGAUACUGAAAAGUGUGAAUGGAGAUGAAUGACACUGAAAGCAACCUCAACGGUACAGAUACCAAUAGAACAUCUGUACCAAUAUUUACUGUUGACAAAGCAUACAUCAAACAAUGGAAAUUAAAAAAGCAGCGAGAGAGGUUUUGCCGAUAUGUUUACAACCAAGUCUUGACGGCAGAAUGUACACAAUUGAAUGGAAGUUGGAGUGGAUUUGGUAACCCUUCUUGGAAUAGUGCAGAAUAUCCAGAUCUAUUUCAGGAUUGGUAUUUGACAAAUGGAACUAACUUUACGCUUUACGAAAAUUCCACAACACUCGCUGACGAAGUUCUACCACCUUUUGAACUCUGGCAAACGAUUCUCAUUGCCAUUUGUCUAGCGAUGUGUAUUGUUUUGACCAUAGGAGGCAAUAUUCUCGUACUAUUAGCCUUCAUUGUGGAUAGAACUAUCAGACAGCCCAGUAAUUACUUUAUCGCAUCUUUAGCUGCUACCGACAUGCUUAUUGGUACCGUGUCUAUGCCAUUUUACACAGUAUAUGUUCUCAUGGGAUCUUGGGAUUUGGGUCCUUUGCUAUGUGAUUUAUGGCUAUCUGUAGAUUACACCGUCUGUUUAGUAUCUCAAUACACUGUGUUACUGAUAACUAUUGAUCGAUUCUGCUCAGUAAAAAUUGCUGCACAGUAUAGGAGUUGGCGAACUAAAAAUCGAGUCAUCUGGAUGGUGACGAUAACAUGGAUUAUACCGGCCUUGUUAUUUUUUAUUAGUAUUUUUGGGUGGGAGCACUUUAUAGGCUACAGAGAUCUGGCACCAAACGAGUGUGUCGUCCAGUUCUUAAAGGAUCCUGUUUUUAAUACAGCACUGAUUAUUGGUUAUUAUUGGACUACUUUAAUAGUUCUUUUUAUUCUUUACGGUGGUAUUUACAAAACUGCUUAUGAUAUGCAAAAAAAAAGUGAGGCAAAGCAAAGAAAAAUGCAAUCUAUGGUAGCACUUAGUGCCGGAGCCAUGUCCGGAAUGGCUGGUCGAGCAGCGGGUAUCGGUAUAUCCAAAACCCAAAGCACUCUUUUGAGUCAAGACAAGCCACAAACAACUCCUGGAGGAGCCAUUAAUUCACAAAUUUUAGGAUUCGAUGACAUGACAGGAGACGACGAUAAUAAAUCAUCGAAAAAACAAAUAGCUUCUGAUGAAUCUUCUUAUAAACAAUCGGGAGCAUUGCCUACAGAAACCGAAAAGUCUGAAAGAUCUAGUAGUCCUGCUUUCGAUUCGGAUGAUGAUAGUACGGUAGGACCUACUCAGCAACCUAGCUUUAGAAAAAGAUCAUCGUUAGCUGGCUUAGUAGCUCAAUCGGGCGCUCUUCAAGUAUUUGCCCCCAAUGGUAGAAUGAAUGGAAUAAUUCCCGUAAAAGUAGAAAUGAAUGUACCAGUGAAGAGGCUCUCACCAACUAGUCCUAUGCGCGAAGCUGUGCAGAAAGUCCAAACACUGCCAAAAAUUCAAGAACUGAGUCUUUUGGACACUGAUAAUCCCAUCGAACCAGAUAAAUCUAGCAGUCAAACACUAACUCCAGAACAAUCAUUAAGAUCAAAUGAUGCGAUUCAUUCUGCAGAUGAUACACCCACUUUCCAAACAAAACACGAAACAAUAUCGUCUCAAACUAAUAUUAUUCCUCCUCCAUCACAGUUCCGAGGAAGUCCCAACAUUUCUGAAAGUAUAUCAACAUCUUCUCCUUCAACGGAUAGGCAGAAGUCUUUAACAGUCUCAAUACACGGUCAAGCUACAUAUGACAUUUUAACAGGUCUAGAUGGAGCAGACUUGCGUUACAUGGAUGAGAGUUCCGUCAUAGUGCCGAGUCCUUCAUUCGAAAGCCCUCCUUCAUCAUUUUCAUGCAGCCUUGCAAAUCCUCUCUCUACAGCUCCAUCAUCACCCAUUUUAAAUAAUGCAACUGGAAUGACUGUAGCAAAUACUAGUCUACUACAGGCGGCAUUGAUCAGAGCCACAGCUCAACAAACAGUUUGUGCACAACCGUCAAACUCAGUGUCCCAGUGCAUUGCGACAUCGAAUGCUGCUUGUCAAACACAUCCUCCUCGAGUUUUUGUUACUCCCCAGGUAAACGCUGCUUCACAAACAUCACCUAUUGUCAGUAAAGUUCAGACAGAAGUCACUGUAAAAGCUGAGGAUACAAAACCGCAACCAAUUACAACAGUUAUUUGUGCCACGCCAGUUGAAUCCUCCAAUAGUACAACUGAACGAUUUUCAGAUCAGUUAACUAAACCAAAUGUACAUCUUCAAAAUUCAUCAUCGAGUAGUAUACUACCCACUAUUUCGGGUACUACAAGUGAACCAGGUGGUAAAAAGCAAUCAAAAAAGUUAAAAGAAUUCGUCGAAGAUGAAGGAAGCAAAAAGGAUUUUGUGAAAAGUAUAGGAAAACGAAUUAAAACAAAAACGCAGAAAAGGGACCCUACAAUGGGGAGGCAAAAAUCAAGAACAGAAAAUAGAGCACGGAAAGCUUUUAGGACCAUAUCUUUUAUUCUUGGGGCAUUUGUCGUUUGUUGGACACCUUAUCACGUAUUAGCCUUGGUUGAGGGUUUCUGCUCUAUGCCUCCAUGCACCAACAAACACGUCUUUAUGUUUGCAUACUUUCUCUGCUAUGCAAACAGUCCAUUAAAUCCUUUUUGCUAUGCUUUAGCAAAUCAACAGUUCAAAAAAACUUUUAUGAGAAUCUUAAGAGGAGACUUGCAUAUGACUUAAAAUUAUCAAUUUAAAAAAUUUUUCUAGUUGAAGAUGUGUAAAUACAGAAAUAUUACGCAGAAAACAAUAGGUGAAAAGUGUUGCUAUAACGAUAAUAAUAUUUUUAAUUACGGGCAUAAACUCCACUAUCAAUGUGAUCUUCCACUUAUAUUAAAGUUCCUGAUCUUAAAAUAUGAAUCAACGAUAAGUAUUGUACUUCUAUUAAAAUAUGUGAUAUGCUUAUCGUUGACUCUAAAGAGGGUCCUAGGUUUGUAGAUAUUUUAAUUUCAUUUGAUUAUUUUUAAUAUAAUACAAUGUCUCUUUGAAAGAAAAGAAAUACAAGAAGACUACUUAUAUCGAAGUAUAAGUUGUAAUUUAUUAUGAAUUACGUAUGCAAAAUAUUACUUUAAAUUUUAAAUCAAUUAUUCGUAAAGUAACGUAAUUAAUUUAACGUAACGUAACCACUACAUCCAAUAUCAUUUUUUUAAUUUUAACUCUUUAUUAACGAAUGGUUACGAUAUAAAUCACUGUUGUCUUCAAAAAUUUGUCAAAAGUUCAAACAAUUUUCAUUUGUAAACGUCAAAUAUUGUAUUUAAUUUUACUUUGGCAGAAGAAUUAAUUAUGUAAUAAAUUGAUAACUCAUGGAUAAAUAUAUAUCAUUGGAAUAUAAAGCAUGAUUGUGCUUGUAGUUGCAACAAAACUACAAACGGAUAAAAUUAAGUAAUGAUUAACUUCUAUAAAUUAUUAAAACUUGUUACACAAAGAUUUUUGGGAUUACUGAAUAUUGGAUAAGGCAUGUUUGAUUUUUAAAACUGAUUUCUAAUUCGUAAUCAAGAACCAUAAAUCUUCUAAAUUCAAGAAUAUAAAAAUUCCCAUUACUUUAAAAAAGUACUAUAAGGAAUUACGCUUGGAAAUCAAUUUUAUUAAAACAGCUUUG